AUGCCUUCCCGUUACACGCCAAAGCGCAUCCUUAAGAAACAGUUCUCCCAGCAGGAACACAGUCUCCUGGAAGAUUGGGCGCCCGGAAACCGAAACAAGUAUCGCAACGUGGAACUUGACGCCCCCGUCUUAACGGAGCAUCAGGCCCCGAGCUCGGAACUUGUUAACCAAGGAGGGUAUACAGCGCCGAACGGAACUCAUCUCUCCGACCACGACCUAACUGAAUUGUCAAAUGGCAUUGAAGAUUCGGAGUCAAUGUGUGUUAUAUACUUUCAGCCUUGCUUCAUUGAGGAUCCCUGGAAGGAUCUCCCAUCUGUGAAGAUGGAAUUCACUACGCGCUUUUGGUCAGUCCUUCUCUUGCAGCCACGCGUCCCUGUUGCUUCUUUACUUGUUGCACAUCGCAAGACUUGA